AUGAAGUAUAAAUAUAUAAAUAUCAUAUUUUUAGUGUUGUUAGUUUUUGUUAUUCUAGAUAAUGUAUAUGCAUCUGAGAAUGUCAGAGUUGUAGAUGGACAUGCUGAUGCUGACAAUCAUCAACAACAGCAUACUGAGAGUGUAGUUGUCAACAGUGUUGUCAAUGAUGAAUCAACAGAUCAACAACAGCAGCAGCAACAACAACAACAGAUAAAGAAAUCUAGUAAGAUACAUCCACCGAUCUCACCAAAAGUAAAAUAUGAGGUGGUAGUAGGACGAGCAGAUCAAAUGGAACAACAAAUACAACAACAACAACUGCAACAGCAAGACGGUGGAGUAGCAGUAACAACAAGCGUUGUCGUACCAAUGACACUAGCCAAUGGAACCAAGUACAAAUGUUACAUUCCAAGACCGGCAGGCGAUCCCAAUGAGAGUGACCACGACCAGUGGAGUCCGAUACCAUCGCCAUCAGUGUUUGCAGACUCACUAUCGAGUCUCGCAAAGUCACAGUGUAUAUUAUAUAAAACCGGUGGAUGGUGGAGCUAUGAAUAUUGUCACGGCAAAGCAGUUCGUCAAAUUCACAUUGAUCCAGCACAAAACAAAGUAACUGCUGAAUUCGUAUUGGGAACUGCACCAAAUGCUGCUUCGUCAUCAUCAUCAUCAUCAUCAUCAACAUCAUCAACAGCAGAUUCCACCACAACUGUAUCAAAUAAUAAUAACAAUAAUAAUAAUAAUCAUCAUAAUAAUGCACAUGGUAAGAUAAGAGGAUUGGAUCCGUCAUUUAUGAACUCUUACAAUCAAGGUUCACAGACAUCAUUACCAGAGAAAUCAUCACUACCCUACUACUCUGAGCUCUAUGAUGAUGGUACACCAUGUGAUAUAUCACCAGGUAGCAGAUACUAUUGUAAUAAUGAUCCAAACAAACAUUUCAACUAUAUUCAAGAAAUGAGCGAACCAUUUACAUGUUAUUAUAUUUUCAAAGUCUAUACCAACCUUAUGUGUAUACAUCCAUUAUUUAAACCAAAACACGAUACAAUUCUAGAUAUUACUUGUAUAAAAGAUUCAUAA